AGGACAUGUACAGUAAGAUCACAUUGCCUGCUGCAUGAUGGCCACUUCCUCCUUCACAAGCGCUCGGUGUGACAGGAACAAAAUACAUGGAGACAUUCUGUAUGAAGCUUUGGCAGAUCUGACACAUGAUGACUUCAAAAGAUUUAAGGACAGGCUGUCUGAUUUCUCUGAUGGAGGGCGAGGCUCCAUUCCACGUGGGCGCCUGGAAACUGCAGAUUAUGUUACAGCAAAAAAUGUUCUUAUAGAUGUUUAUGGAAAGGAAGCAGCUCUGGAUGUGACCAUACAGGUCUUCAAGCUGAUAAAUCUUAUGGGUCCUGCAGAGGCUCUCCAGCACCAAUUGACACAAGAUGUUAAACCACAGAAGAUGUCUACCAAUGUGACACUUGAAGGUUGGGUGACCCGCCGUCGAGCUGCCCGACUGCUGAUACGGCAGAUGGGUGACCCAGCGGCAGGGGGAGGCUGCAGAGUAAGAUACAUGGAUCAGAUGAGAAGGAAAUACCAUCUUAUUAAACAUCAUGAUAAAAGAUUAGGGAAAGGUCUGAAUCUGAAGAAAGACUACACCAGCCUUCUACUGAUCAAGAAUCAUCGAGAUGAAAAGGAGCGACUACAUGAAAUAACAGCAUCAGGCCAGAGGCAUCUUCAGAUUAUGGAAGACAGAUCAUAUUCCUCAAUCACUAUACCGGCUCUGUUUGAUCCUGAUGAUGAUGAUGGAAUUAUUCCCAAGACUGUGGUGUUACAGGGACCAGCUGGGAUUGGAAAGACUAUGACAUCCCAGAAGAUCAUGCUGGACUGGGCGUCUGGGGAUUUGUAUAAAGGCAAAUUUAAUUUUGUGUUUUACAUAAGCUGUAGAGAAGUCAACACCAUCACUGGUAAUAUAAGCCUGGCUGGAUAUCUAUCCAGCUAUUUUGGAAGGACAUGUUCAUCUGAUUUGUUGCAAUCAAUUUUCCUUACCUCAGAAGAAAUACUUUUCAUUAUUGAUGGUUUGGAUGAAUUAAAAUGGUCAUCAAUUAAUGACACAAAGGUUUGUGAUGACCCAUUUCAAGAAGUCUCAAAGGAAAAUCUUCUAAAAAGUUUGAUUAAGAAAACACUGCUCAGUGACAGCUCACUAAUCAUCACCACAAGACCAUUCUCACUGAUGAAGCUGGUGGACCUUGCUGAAUGUCAUCGAUAUGUGGAUAUUUUGGGGUUUACAGGGAAAGAACGUGAAGAAUAUUUCUAUCAUUUUUUUGAAACCAAAGAAGAAGCAGACCUGGCUUUUAGUACAACUAAAGAAAAUGAUACUCUGUUCACCAUGUGUGCUGUCCCUAUAACUUGCUGGAUUGUAUGUAUGGUUAUGAAACCACUACUAAAAGAGGAAUUAUCUGUGAUUGAUUCCAAGACAGUUACAUCCAUUUACCUGUUUUACCUAAAGGGUUUAAUACAAUAUCAUGGAAGGGACUCUGCCCAGCAUAUAAGCACAUGUAUACAGAAGCUGUGUGCUUUGGCCAAUGAAGGAGUUUGGGACCAGAGAAUUAUAUUUGAAGAAUCAGAUCUUGUAAGACAUGGGCUCUCUGUGUCAGAGGUGGAGUCUGGGUUUCUGAAUGAGAACAUCUUCCAUAGAGACCUUGACACCCGAACCUGCUACAGCUUCAUCCAUCUGAGUGUGCAGGAGUUCUUUGCUGCUCUCUACUAUGUCCUGGAUGAUAUUUCUGUAAAAGAACAUUGCACUGACUUUAGUAAGGUGAAAGACUUACUGGAGGCAUCAGAAGAUCAGCCACAUAUAAAAUUAACUGUACGAUUCUUAUUUGGUCUAUCAAGCAAUAAACAAAUUCAGGAGACGCAGAAAACCAUUGGUUGUCCCAUUUCCUUCAAUGAAAAACCUGUCUUGGAGGAAUGGCUGAAGAGGAAGUCACCAAUCGAUCAUAAAGAAAUACUAAUCUGCCUGUACGAGACACAAGAUGAGGACUUGGUGGGGAGAAUGUUGUCUCACUUUCUUAAAAUUGGAAUUAAUGGUCCUCAUAGUCAAAAAGGGAACCUGGAGAACAUUGGUUAUCGAGCUGUAGCCUACUGCUUGGAGAGAAGUACAGUACAGCAUAUUGUUCUUAUUCAAUACUACAUAAUAGGACCAAAGGCUCGGCGUGUUCUUUCUAAAGCACUUUCUAAGUGUUCCAAGCUUUGUUUCAGGGGCUGCAGGUUUCCUGUUACAGAGGACGUAACUCAGGCUGGAGCCAGUUUAUCUGGACUAUUUGGACAGUGUCAGAUGGAGGAACUAGUGUUACAGCACUGUGCUCUGACCUCCUCCUGCUGUGAUGAUCUCCGCUCUGUUCUUACUACAAACCGCUCUCUGACCAGACUGGACCUUAUAGGGAACUACCUGCGGAACACUGGAAUAAAACUUCUGUGUGAGGGACUGAGACACUCAGCCUGUACCCUGCAGGAUCUUAGGUUAUUUACCUGCGAUCUGACCUCCUCCUGCUGUGAUGAUCUCCGCUCAGUUAUUACUACAAACCGCUCUCUGACCACACUGGACCUGUCAUGGAAUGUUCUGGAGGACUCUGGAAUAAAACUUCUGUGUGAGGGACUGAGACACCCGGCCUGUACCCUGCAGGAUCUGUGGCCGCAGAAGCUGAUGGGAGGUCAGGGGGGCGAAGCCAGCCCCGGGGUGGACAGAGAGCAGGGAAAUCAGCUGUGUGAUGUAGAGCUCCUAGGCCAGUGGAACUUUGUGAAGCCUCCAGUGUAUACUGGGAGGUCUCCCAUGGGAGGAUGGAUUCCUCUGGAGAGGAGGAUGAAGGAGAUCCCCAGGCAUCAGGGUCCAGUGGAGACCCAGGUAAUUUUGACCUGGUGGAAGCAAUGGAUGUUUCAGUCCUGCCUGUUGCUGAAGGCUGGUAGCCAGGAAAAGCUUGACCAAAAAGUGUAUCUACCAAUGCUUGAGAAAGAAACUCAAUUUCUGAUAAUCUCUGAGUGCGGAGAUAGUGGGGAAAUCUCCCGGGUGAAGGCUUAUAUGAAGGAAUUUCACUACAGUUGUCUGGUCUCUUUGAUUCUGGAGAGGGAUUAUGGGAAAUACCCCUUGCCCGAUCCCUAUCAGAGUUGUAAGAUGUUAGAGCGCUGUUAUCUGACCUCCUCCUGCUGUGAUGAUCUCCGCUCUGUUAUUACUACAAACCGCUCUCUGACCAGCCUGAACCUGGAUCGGAAUACUCUGGGGGACCUUGGAAUAAAGCUUCUGUGUGAGGGACUGAGACACCCGGCCUGUGCCCUGCAGCAUCUUAGGUUACAGUUCUGCCGUCUGACCUCCUCCUGCUGUGAUGAUCUCCACUCUGUUCUUACAACAAACCGCUCUCUGACAAGACUGGACGUAUCAAACAAUGAUCUGGAGGACUCUAGAAUUAAACUUCGGGAGUGUGUGAGGCCUCCUCUGCAGCUUCUGGUGUAAGAUUAUUGAGUUACAUCCACAAGAUUGUGUUAUUUUCAAAAGUGCCUUAGCAUUGAAUGGGGAUGAUUCAGAGUUGCUCACAAGUCGGCCACACUGGGAUCUCAGAGAUAAUGAUGGGUCUCAGCCUGUACUCAGAGAUGGGCACCUCUGUGGUUACACCACACGCAUCCAUCUGUCUGUGAGAGCAGCCGCCAUUACUAUCAGCGCACAUUCCCACCAGCACUAUCCUCAGUGCAAGACACAGAUCUCUGUGUACACCCACCUCUAAAUUGCUGCAAUUCCCCCUAUAUGCUCAUGAUGCCCCCACAUUCAUGAGACAUGAUUCGCCCUUAGUUCUGCUGCUCAGCAUGGACAGACGCAUGAUGCACAAGUGUUGCUCUAAGUCACCCCAAUGUGAUUUCUGAUUUACCUGCAUCUAUACAUAAAGCAUACCUCCCAACAUUACCAACCUUUAAAGAGACACCCGCCCGAAAAGGGGGCGUGGACUAUGAGAAAGGGGGCAUGGCUCGUGUGAGGAUACUGGGUUCACAAUCACUCAGUCAUGGUGGUAGAUGAAAAACCAACAGUGGUUUAUUGAACAGAAUGGGUUAUAAACAGCUCAGCACACUUCUGUGAUCCAAUUCGACACGACAAUUCCCUCCUGGAACUCCCGGCAGAACAUUACUUCUUAGCCAGUGUCCUGUCACUCUCUGACCUUCUCUGCCAGAUCUCUCACCUCCCCUGUUUGCUAUUAUCAAAACCUUUGUCUUUCCUACAAUAAGGCGACACCCCCAGAACAGUUUCAGAUCAAACCUACUUUCACAUGUCCAGGCAUGUCCCUUAGGUCACAAUAGAUGUUAACUAAAGUAACCUUACUUAGUGAAUCUGAUUGUGUGGCCUGGAAUCCAUUGUGUGGGGAAGAAUGAGGGUGUUGUAUGGCCUGACAUCUGAGACUGGCUGUAUCUACCCAACAGCAAACACACAGGUUAUCUGAUCAGUCACAUGGGGGAAACAUUAUUUUACAAACUAUAACAGAAUAACCAAUACAUUCAUAUAUAUACAUCGAAAACAUAACUGUACCCUUGUAACAAUAACAUCAUACAAUAUAAUACAAUAUUGCCUAACAUAUAAAUAAUAACAUAUUGGCAAUUGGUGAAGUCCAUGUGUAGGACCAGGGCUAGGAAAGUAACCAUGUGUCUUUUACCACUGUGCGACACGACGUGCCGGCUGUGUCAUCACGUGUCGUCACAGCUCGCAAUCAUUUUUGUCACUGAGGGGGCAUGCCCAGCACUCUGUGAGCUGGUGGCAUGCCUUCUCUCUCUCUGUCUGCACUGAAUAAAUGCUGUGCGCAUGCAUCUAUUCUCCGCUGCUCUGCUAAGCAGAGCAGCCAGUGCAGGAGCCUCCCAACUGCGCCCCCCCCCCCCCCACCGCGGGACACUGCGGCCUGUGGGUGGGACAGUGGGACAGUUCAAAAAAAACGUGACUAUCCUGUGAAAAUUGGGACAGUUGGGAGGUAUGCAUAAGGGGUCUGGUUCAUAGUUCUACGCUAAGUGUCUAUCAGUAAGCUGUGUGUGUGUCACUGUCAUAAUGCACACACGCAGCGAUAGAAUUGUAAUUACGGUCGCAGUGAGGAUUCAUUGGCAACUGACUAACAGGAAGCAGCCAUUUUGUUGGAGGUAAUGGGGAGUGGCAGCAAAAACGCGGCAUAUCCAGGUGAUUUUUGAGGUGAGUAACAGCCGACAACUGUGAUCCAUUACACAGAAAUCACCUCUCCAGCGUCUCAGUUGUGGCGGCAUUUCUGAGUAACCACAGACAUACUCAGGAAGUCAAUGAUCUCCGGAUCUGCGUUGAUGAUGUAAAUGUGUAUACAGGAGCGGGCAGCUGUGAGGGCUCCGGGGGGCAUCUCAAUACAAAUCCCGGAGGCUGUUACAUUAUUAUAUUUACACUCAUCCUCUGAGAGACAAAUCACGUCUGUGGUAACAUUAGUGUACAGCUAUGAAUCAGACACAGAUGUGAACAAGCCUGUGUGAAACGUACAUCAUCGGUUAACCAGACGUACACUGGGGGUAAUUCCAAGUUGAUCGC